AGCAAGUUUUUCUUUACAAUGAAACAUUAUUUGCUGAUUCAAACGCAAUGAACAGGUUUUCGUUAAGAGGUGCACUUGACAAAGAAAUUCUCUGGCUGAUGUGUUUUCCAUUGAGUUGUGAUUCGUUCUUGAUUCAUUAUCCACAUUUUUGUUUUGUUUUCAUGUGUUACCGGGUACCUCAUGUAGGAUGUUUUCUGAUCCCGUACCUAAUUUGCCUCGUUUUUGCUGGUGUCCCUGUUCUGAUCCUGGAAGUUUGUCUGGGACAGUUUGCAAGUCAAGGUGGAAUUACAGCAUGGCUGAUAUGUCCACUUUUUCAAGGUCUGUUUUAAUCAGCUAAAAGCUAUGUAAUAAUUCGGUUUUAACGCUAGUUUUUGUUCCAUUGGGUGUGGCAAACGAUGAUCAAGAAAUCAUGAUUAUAAUUUUUCUCGUAACUCUGCUAAUGAUAAUGAAUAAAGAGUGUAAGGUUUUAAAGGAAACUGUGGUGCUGUGUCGGUAAGUUGGGGGGGGGGGGGAAUCACGAUAUAAUUUGGUCCUAUCAGCUGAGUUAAUAAGGAAAAAUGGCCACUGUAAAUAGAUUUUAAGGAACAGAGAUUCUAACGUUUCGAGCAUCAGCCCCCAUUAACCAUAAUUGUUUAAAAGAGCGAAGUAUUACUAAUAGGUGACCAUUAAAUAACGUGAAAACAGGUUACAUCAAUAGCAAUUCAAGGGAAGAGAAGUAAAAAUGGUUGAUGUAACAUUUUAAAUACCUUUUACCUUGUAACUUAGUGCCGACAUCUUGCUAGCGCCAAGUAAGAAGAUUACCUCGAUUAAUGAUUUCCAAGCUGUACUCAAGAGAAUAUUGUCAGUUGAUAUUUUAUUGUUGUAUUACAUUACACCGAGCCUCGACAAUCUUCCGCCGUUCGUUCACACCAGCUGUUCCACUCUGUUUAACAGAGAGUUUAAUGCGAAAUGGCUUUCAUGGGCUUUCAUUGUCAUAAUAACAAGAUAUACCUACAAUUAAGCAUUUUCUUUUACCUUCUGCUGCUUUUUGUCGGCGAGAUGAUGAUCCUUUUCACUAGUGAAAUAUAAAUAUGAAAACGAUCUUCGCAGUAAUGAAUACUACUAAAGCAGUAGUGAAAAUAAGGCCUGAAAAAAAAUUUAAGGCCUGUACGGGAUUUGAACCCAUGGCCUCUGCAAUACCAGUACAAUAAUCUUCCAACUGAGUUAACAAGCCAACUGGGAGCUGGUCAUUAUGUUGGUUCUUAAUAAACCCGUGAAGUGAUAAAUCAAUGACUGCGAAUAUAUGAAAAUCAUAUAUGUGAACAGCGGUUAAAGAAAUGAAUAUGAAAGUGAUCCUAUCAGUAAUGAAAACUGCGUACGCAGUAGUGAAAGUAAGGAAUGAAAAAAAUUCAGACCUGUAAAGGAUUUGAAACCAUGAUAUCUUUUAUAUAUACACACACACGCACAUAUAUAUAUAUAUAUAUAUAUAUAUAUAUAUAUAAUAUAUAUAUAUAAACAUUUGAAAUUCGAUUUCAUUGCAGGCAUUGGAUGGGCAAGUGUUAUCAUCGUUCAGUUUUUAAACAUAUAUUACAUCGUCAUCCUCGGCUGGGCUCUGUUUUACAUGUUCGCGUCUUUCCAAUCCGAGCUUCCUUGGUCUCGCUGUGGCAAUGAAUGGAACACACCGAAUUGUGUUGACUAUAUCACAUAUAAAAAAGGCUCUAGUAUAGCCAAUACCACACUCAUACCAACCGUAAUGGCGAACAUGUCGAACAUGUCAACAAUGCCAACUGCAGUGGCAAAGGCAGCUAAAGUGUCUGCGAGCGAGGAGUAUUUUGAGUAAGUGAAGCUGUAAAGUAGUUAAGUAUUAAGCCUUUGACCUUUAAGAGUGACUUAUCACCCCUGACUCAAACAUUAAGGUCACGAGAACUAAAAAUUGAUCACAAACUAAGGAAGCUCUUGAUUAUCGGGCAGUUGGUGAGUCGGUUAGUCAUUCAUUUAGUAAAUCAGCGGGUCGGUGAGUUAGAGGGUUAGUCAGUCAGUCAGUCGGUUAUUUGGUCUGUCAGUCAGCCGGUCAGGUGGUUAGUCAGUCAGUCAGCCAGUCAGUCAGUUGGUCAGACGGUCAGUUGGUCAGUCGGUCAGUUAGCCAACCAGCCGGUCAGUCAGUUUGUCAGUUAGGCGGUCAGUCAGUCAGUCAGUCAACUAGUUGGUCAGUUGUUCAGUGAGUCUGUUGGUCAGUUGGUCAGUUGGUCAGUGGGUUAGUCAGUCGGUCAGUCGAUUAGUCAGCCGGUGGGUGAGUUGGUCAGUCAGUCAGUCAGUCGGUCAUUCAUUAGGACAGGGAAGAAAACUAUUAUUAUUUUUAUGCAGGCUGUUAACAAUUUGAACAAUUUAACAAAUAUAUCUAGUAGGCAAGUUCAUAAGUCAACCGAGUACCGAGAUGAUUUCCAAUUACACUACUUACCUCUCUUUCUAGACAUAGAGUUUUAAAGCUGAGCACUGCUUUGGAUGAACCCGGUAUCGUAAACUGGGAUGUAGCUUUGUGUCUCUUGUUGGCUUGGAUAAUCUGUUACCUCUGUGUUUUCAAAGGUGUCAAAUCCACAGGAAAGGUGAGGGAGCCGUAAUCUUAACAUUUUUAAUUUUCUUGCUCUCUUAGGUUGCCUCUCAUAGAUAGAAUUUAGUUCAGACAUGGUUUGAUGCUACUCUGGUUUACAGAUUCAGUGAAUGCAACCGAAGAAGUUACAAUACAUAGACCCAACGUUUCGACACUCCUGUCUAGUGCCUUCAUCAGGGGUGAUCUAAACGCUGUAACAAUAGGUCCUUUUAUAUGAUCACUAGCUGACUAAUUGACGAGGUGUAAAUAGGCGUCAGGAAGUAAGCCGCCAUCAUCACUUAACGUAUGAUGAAUCGAAACUCAGACCUACGCAUUCUGAUACUCAUCCUCUGAUCUUCGGGGAACUUUAUGGCGAGCUACGCCAUUACAGUUCACUUGAUACGCGCCCUGUUUACGGCUAGGAUUAGCAAUAUCGACAGCUUCGUAUUAGUAAACAGAAUAGGUAGAGAAAGAUGUUUCAUUUUAAGGUUAGUUUGGUUAAACCAUUUUUCGAAUGAUAUAUCGUAAAAUGAAAACCGAAAUAAAAAUAAAAAUUGAUUAGCACAUUGAAAUUAAACCAGUGCAAUCUAGAUUAUGUGCGACCCUCAAUUCGUUAGUUCUCUUUCUCAGGGUUCGAUUUAACUGCGUAACUCUUUUGUUAAUAGAUAGCAGGUGUUAACAUCCAUUGACACAAUACCAACGACUUAUCCACAACAUUUACACCAUAAACCGGCGAACCGAACAGAACGACAACAUUACCAACGGAUCCAAACUGACCAGUCGUGAUCUAUUACGCCAUUCGAGUCUUAUUGCCGAUAAAUCACGGCUAAACUGACCAAUCAGCUUACACGAGCAGGACUUAUUACCACUCGACUGACAAAUACUCAUCACUUGAUUCUGAUGAUGACUUCCGCUUAGGUUGUCGAAACGUCGGUCACUUCUACCGACAAGAGUCUUUCUCGGGACUACCCUCACCAAGACGAUUAAACCACACGUUCAAAUGUUACAUCUGGGUUUAAACCAUUUAUUGUAGAGACAACAAUAUUGGCCAAUAUAACUAGCUAACAUUAACGGCACAAUUAUAAAAAAAGAAAAAACAGCAACAACAUCAAGCAAACAUACGGACAGGGAAAGGAACACAUCAUUACAUGAAUGAUAUCUUUCACAGGUUGUCUACUUCACUGCCACAUUUCCUUAUGUACUUUUGACGAUUUUACUCGUUCGAGCCGUCACUUUACCUGGCGCUGCUGAAGGGAUCAAGUUUUACCUCACUCCAAAUUUUACUCGACUGGCUGACGGUCAGGUGAGAAGUGAUAAAGAAAUUUUAAAAACUGAAAUUGAAUGGGCCAAUUCAAAAAAAAAAAAUUUUUUUAAUUAUUUAUGAACUCUAAGCUUUAAGAGGGUCUCAAUGGGUUAGGCGUAAAAAUAUACAAUUUUAGACCGUUAUUCGUAAAAAAUGUUAACCGUGAACAUUAUUUUUAAUCGCAACUGGAAAAAGAUUGACUGUUAGCUAUUAAUGGGCCAAAAUUUUAACUGUUAGCCGUAAAAGCUAUUACCCCAUUGAGACCUACCUUUAAAUUAAAGUUUACACCUGGUCAAUUAUUUACACUUAGUUUUUGUUCAAACUCGAAGGUGUGGCUUGAUGCUGGAACGCAAGUGUUUUUUUCAUAUUCUAUUGGACUUGGAACGUUGAUUGCCCUCGGGAGUUACAACAGAUUCCAUCACAACUGUUACAGGUUAGAAAACACAAGAAAAUCUGCUUGGUUUCUUUGCCAAGAGUGUCGCCUCUUGUCUACUUGGUGACGUUUCGAUAACCUUUCCACAGUUCUAGCUGAGAUAUUAUGGCUUCGUUUCUAUGGGACUACAUAUAGCGAAACUGAGCUUUCAAUCAGCAAAUUUGCUCACGUUUUUAAAACUCGAAGCUGCCUUGGAGAAUCCAAUUUAAUAACACGGUGACAUCAUUGAUAGGAUUUUAUAAUGAAGAGUCAAAGAGGUCGAACACCUGUAUCUAUUUAAAACCUGUAUCUAAUUAAAACCCAGGUACUGAGUAUUUAGCGAUAGCGCGGUUUUCAGCUGAUCGUAGAUUGCUUUGCACAAGUCUUCUUAACUUUUCCCCGUAAUUGAUCUAAAAACUCUCGCCACCACCUCGGUCAAUUAAAUGCAAAACUAAAGCCAAUCUCAACUUGUUUACUGGCGUUUUCCCGCGCUUUACGCAGGGUGCCUGAUUUUAUUUUGAGUUCCCGUUGGUCCAUGGUGAUUCCACCCUUGUUCUGAUUGGUUUCUGUGAUUACUUGGGUUUUGGUUUCCGGCUCUCAAUUGAAAACUGCUCUAUAAAAUUAAAUUCUGAAUAAAUAAAAAGCAGAAGUGCAAGCUUGGAUUUCUUGCUUAUUUAGCGAAGAUUUGUGUUAAACAUUUAACUUAACAAUUAAUGCUAUUUCUCGCACAGGGACAGCAUAAUAUUCGCUUGUGUAAACAGUGGAACAAGUUUCUACGGCGGUUUUGUGAUUUUCUCAGUUCUUGGCUUCAUGGCUCAGAAGCAAGGGGUUGAAGUAAAGGACGUGGCAAAGGGGGGUAAGAGAAGACGGUAGAGAAAACUCGAAAACAGAAAACUCGCUCCAAUCUCGCAUAUGUUUAUUAGUUCAUUAAGUUGUAUCUUCUCAAACAAAGUUUGAGAAGAUCUUACUUGAAUAUGAAAGCGAUCUUCACAGCGGAGCACUACUUAAGCAGUAGUGAAAAAAAGGCCUGAAAAAAAUUCAGGCCUGUACGGGAUUUGAACCCAUGACCUCUGCGACACUGGUGCAGUGCUCUACCAACUGAGCGAACAAGCCAACUGGGAGAUGGUCACUGUGUUGGUUCCAAAUAAACCCGUGAAGUGGUGAAUAAACGACUGUGAAGAUCGCUCUCAUAUUCACGUCUUUAUCCGCAGUUCAAAUGUAUAACUUUCACAGCCGUUUAAGAUCUUACUUGUUGCCUCAUUCAGAAGAUAUUGGUUAUGUCACGAUAAAAUUUACCUGAUCCCUCGGGCUCUGUAAUAUACAUAUUAUCCCCCCUCGUUGGCAGUUCAUCGAAAAUCAAAUUUUCUUAAGUCCCCUGUCUAUACUAUGUUGGUGGCGAGUAAUCCCUCCGUUUCCCCUGAAAACCAUGAGAUUCCCUCUCAAAUCCUCCAACCCCCCCUUACUAGUCUUUAACUCAUCACAUCGCCUCCUCCCUAGGUCCAGGACUUGCAUUCAUCGCUUACCCAGAAGCCGUUGCUCAGAUGCCUUUGGCCCCUCUAUGGUCGGUUCUGUUUUUCUUUAUGGUCUUCUUGCUGGGACUCGACAGCGAGGUACUAGAGUGAAUUUGCAAUUUAUCAAACUUUGAACUGGAUAUCUUGUGUGUUUUACAAGUAUGUGCAUAAACAUUGCAGAAAACAUGAAGGGGCAUAUUAUGAUGAUGACCUCUAAUUUUUGUCUUUUUUCAAGUUUGUGGGCAUUGAGGGAUUUGUAACAGCCAUUGUGGACCUGUUCCCCAGACACUUGAGGCGUGGUUAUCGUAAAGAGAUGUUCAUCGCAUCUAUGUGCUGUAUCUGGUUUCUCAUUGGUCUGUCCAUGGUUACUAAGGUACCUUCAAAAGCAUAAAAGAAAAAUGUAAAGAUCUUGUGUUAUAACUUUCAGGAACUAGGUUACAAGCAGGCCCUAAUGAUGAGCCCUGCAGGAAGUGUGUUUCUCCGCCUGCGAAAAGAUUUGAGUCGAGUCGGCAAGAGGUUUACCUGUGGGAUCGGUGCCGGGGAUCUCAGUGGCACUAAUAAUGAGACUUACACUCACUGCACACUUCUUGCUGGUUUGCGUUUCUCAAAGCCUCUUACUUUUCCGCUGGUGAAGAAACUCUCGUGCCGAGCACUAAUAGAAGGGACCUUUAGCAGACCACAACGGCGACGACAAUGAGGAAGUGGCAAAACAAAAGAUCUAAUGAGCAGAACAAUAGCUCAGCUCGUGUGUUUUCAAAGUGUGUACAUUUCUUAGCCGUCCUCUUCAAAAUAUCAACGUGAAAUCAUCAAAAUUUGCGUGAUCCGAGAAAGGAAACCUCGACGGCAAAUUAUCUAAGUUUCCAUUUGGAACUCAACGCUGUUCUCGUAGCUAUGCUGAGGUUAACUUGCGGUACUGUUAGGGAUGUUAAUCAUAUCCACUAAUUUGCGAAAUUCCGACAACAAAUAUAAAUUCUUUUUUAAAUCGACUUCUUGGGCGUUGCCGUCGUAACUGCUAAAGGUCUCUAAUAAUAGGGAGCUUAAGCAAACCACGACAAUAGCAACGAGAGCGCAAAAUAACACCGCGAAAUCGCCAAAAUUUGAGGGAAAAACUCCGACGGCAGGUCAUUUAUGUUUCCAUGUUGAACUCAACUAUGCUCACAUGCGUUAAGCGUAAGUUGAGGUGUGGCAACGUAAGAGAUGGUAAACACGUCCGGUCAUUCGUGAAAUUCUUACCAAAAAUAAGAUUUAGUUUCUUAAUUCAACAAUGUCUUCCUCGCCUUUUCCAUCCUGGCUGCUUAAGGUCCUUAAUGAGGGCCUGAACAAACUCUUUUGAAAAGCAGCUCUACUUUUUAUAUCAAAUUCCUGGUUAAUGAAACCCCGAUCAAAAGCCUCCACAGAGUUUUUAUUUCAUUUAAAAUUCUCUCAUGAGAUUGAUAAUUUGCCAAAAAAACGAAAAAAUAAAAGAUCAUAGAACGUAAAAGCAAAUGAUUUUCUGUAGAAGGGCGAACUUACGAAGUAUUUCUCUGCAGGAAUGGAAUAUGUUUUACAACGACAUUUGCCCUAGUUUUAAAGGGAUAUCUAUUUUUAUACAAUUACAUACGAUUAAAAAAAUAUUGAGCAUAUGUCUCUUACAUGCAACAAAGAAAAGUGCGAUUUUAAACGACACCACAACUGCAAUCGGCAAAAACAGAUAUAAGCUCUGAUUUUACAUAUUUAACUUUCCUCUAAUCCUUAAAACAACGCUAUUGUGGUAGAAUAGCAGCAAGACCUCUCUUUUAGCGUAAAUACAAGCGUUUCUCCAUGCUUUAGCGUAGAAAACGACUUUAAAGGUUAGAAGGUUGAUAUUAUAAAGAAAUAAAAUCUCAGGGCCCUGUGAGGAUUCCAAUCGAGCCUGUGUCGAUUUCUCAGUAAUUUCACAACCAGACGAGCAACGGAGAAAGCGUCAGCGAGCUUGAUCAUAUGACAGGUUAUAAUGUCAUAUUCACUUCUAUUCAUACCUUUGUGGAAUUUUAGCCCGUGAUUUUCGUUAAUGUUAAUGUUUUUCUUUAAUUUUUAGGGUGGGAUGUACGUCUUUCAACUAUUUGACAAUUACUCGGCCAGUGGCUCUGCUCUUUUGUGGAUCGCCUUGUUCCAAAGUAUUGCCAUUGGUUGGAUCUACGGUAAGAAUAUAAUAGUUGCAACCAAGAGUGUGGACGGAGGUUCUGUUUAUACGCCUGAAUUGACUAAAAGUGGUCUUUUUAAAAACGUUGGGAUACAGAAUAUGCUUUUACCAACCGUCUCAAGGAGUUUUAACCUCCAGUGAAAGUUACGAUAAGUUAGGGGGCAGUGCGAUUCCACAGUCCACGUUUCCUUUAAUAAUGUGCGCGUUUCCGUUGUCUUGGUAUCUUGUAUAAACCGAUCCAAUUCUAUCGGUUUUCCGACAGGUGGUGAACGUUUCUAUGACGAUAUGGAGAAUAUGAUCGGAUUUCGUGUCAACCCGUGGCUCAGGUGGUGCUGGAUGAUAUUCACACCUAUUUUCUGUUUGGUAGGACAAAAUAUUUACUUAUCAGUCUCAGAAUUCAUUCUCAGUUUCAUUAAGAAACGUAAUAGAGAGGGGGAAAGGCAAUGACUUUAUUAGAUACAUGUUAAUUUGCCGUGACGUUUAACACAUUGGCAUCUGGGUAAAGAGAGUCUGGCUUGAGCCUUGGCCAGAAUGGAAAUCUUAAUCUAGGAAAAUUAAGUGCAUGUCUUCUUUUGUAACAAUUCCAUUCACAGCGCUUCUUGAUAUUUUGAUUGCUUGAAUGAUGAUCUUUUUCUUUGCCAAGUUUGCAAAAAUCUUUCCAUACGGUUUAGAGCCAUUUUAAAUUGUAUGUACGUUCCUUUUAAGAGUUUCGUAGAAAGACACAUUUUAUAUGUUGAUCGCAGUUCAGUAAUAGAAAUGGGAAUAACCCCACUCGUUUUGUGUUAGAGGUAGAAAAAACAGAACAGGAGGGGGUUUUCAAAGGGGUGGCAGCGUUGUUAUGGUAACCUUAAUUAGUUGAAAAAUGAUCACAAAUUGUUGAGAAAUAAUGAAACAUUUUUUUGAUAUGAGUUUCAGGGAAAUGAAAGUAAAAGCGUUGAAGCUACAGUCCAUCAGAGAGUAGCUAAAUAAAAAAGAUAGGAAAAUUAUUUCGAGCCACCUUAAGGAUUCUAUCUUUUUUGUCCACAGGGUGUUUUCAUUUUUAGUCUAGUGACGUACUCGCCUCUAGAAUACAACGGUUACAAGUAUCCUGACUGGGGAGAAACCGUAGGCUGGAUCAUGGCUUUGUCUUCAAUCGUGUGCAUUCCAAUUGUGAUGAUAUACAAGUUGGCCACAACACCAGGCUCUCUGGGAGAGGUAACUACCACAUCAGUGUUCGCUAACUUUUAACGGGAGAAUGUGUUGUUGAUACCAUGUUUGUAAAAGAAAUGUUCUAACCUCAAAUACGAUGUGCGAAUGAAAAACUUGUGAUUGAAACGUCGGCAGUUGAUUUUCAUCAGUUUUAGAUGAAAACGUUUCAAUUCUCACUAAGACUCCUCAUUUUCUUUUGUACACACCAAGUACAAUCAUAAAAUUAUGGGUCUGUAUAUUUUAUCCCCAAUGUAAGCAAGGCAUAGUGUACAUGUCUUGCAUAUAUUGGAGGAACCUUAACGCUUUCAUUGAGAAGUAAUAUGCUUGUCUCACAAUAAUUCGACCAGCUAUACUUGAAAGUUGCUGAGGUCAGGGCUCGGGCUUUGUUGCAGAGUCCACACCGGUCAACAUUCCAGCUCGGGCCAGUUAUUGUAUUCAUUGACGAGACACUUGUGUCUCCAGCUCUCCUUAACCCAGAGUUAAUUAGCCAUUUUUACGAUCAACUCUACGUCCCCACAGACGUAGCCUUGACUUACUGGUUGAGAUCCAAAUAUUUCGAUGCCAUGACGAAUCUUCUAAUAAUUUUACUCGCUAUACGUACACAUACUUAGUCGUGAGUGCUGACAGCAAUCUUUUACAUCGACUUGUAAUGAAGAUUCCUCACGGACAAUAAGAAUCCCAUAGAAUUUGCGUCACUCCCAACGAAUGGCUUCGUUGCUCACUUGGUACGUAGUAAUGGCCAACAAUUAUACGGGAGACACGGGUCCCUUCGGAGCCUGAAUCUUUUUAGGAUUUUCCUGCAAUGGCUAAAACUCCAACACUUCUGCGAGGAUCAUUUAUUUUCGUGAUCUCUUACAUCAUCUAACUUAUUCAUGCAUUUAAUUCGUUUUCGUCAACAGCGUUGGGAUACCCUGACCACGCCCAAUCUAAAGAAUCAGUCUCCAGAGGCCAAAGGCCACGAUUUCUCUCAGGAGUCUUACAAACUCCAAACCACGGCAUCGCUCUGAGGGGAUAUACAUAUGAUUUGGACUUUUCUCAGCUAUGAUGUGUUUAUAUGGACUUUAAAGAAACUACGACAGCAAUGGAAACAAGAAAGUGGCGAAAUAAAAUAAUUAAUCCUUUCAUUCUAACAUACGUAAACAUAUUCCCCGCACUUUCCUUUUUAAAUUUCUUAAGGUACUGACAGAGAAAAUUUGUUCGGCGAUCAAGAGCUCUUAAAUUUGUGAUCACUUUCUUUAUCCUCGUGACCUUGAUGUCUGAUUCAGCAGUGAUAUUUUAAGGUUAAAUAAAAAGUCAGUUACUCUGAGGGGUUAAAAAAAUAAGGAGCUUGAUAAAUAGCUCAGCACUUGCGUUUUAAAGCUUUCUGCAUUCCUCAACGCUUUUCGCAUAAUAUUGUUGUGCUGAAGUCGCAGUAAGUAGCGAUAAAGAGGAUACCCAAA